UGAGACAGUGGUAUAGACCUUUUUUUUUAAUCAGUGUUCCGUCGAGACCCGAGGUGUAAGUUCCGCCGUGAAAACGGUGUCGAGCGAACUCAGCGAGGUCGACGUAGAGCAUGUGGCUCCAUCUCCCGUGCUCGAGUUGAACAAGCGGAGUCGCGACUUGCCGCGCUCGCCGGCCUCGUGUCGCGCGCGGCCGGACGAGCGCCGAGUGAGUUGACGAUAAGACGCCAAGCUUGACAGCUCGUGCAGUCAAGCUAGCGAACGAUCGAACGACACUUUGGCUCUUGCGAAUCCGUCCGUACGUCCAUCGAGUGUUUCUGGUUAAAUUUUGAGCAGGUGUGUUCCUUCGUUUCAACUGCAGUUUGCUACAGUGGAUUGGCAGUACUGCCCAAAACGUUAUGUUCUACGUAAACCCUAACGUAUACGCUCAAUUGUGGUCGCAGCCUUACAUACAUUGCAUUUUGUAUCCAAGUGUUCAGAGCAAGGAACGCACCAAUCGAACCUAUUACGAAAAGUGCGUUAUUUAAGUGGACGUUCGUUUGCAUUUUAUCGAACAAUCACGCGUCGACACCACUAGCAACAUGUUAGCAACGCUAUUCUACAUAUAACAACCGGUAAUAAUAAGCUAACGUUUCUUUACUUAGUGCUUUGUAGGUUUUAGUGCUGCUAGAAUGUUGUCAAAGAAAGUGACGAGUGCACUACUAUCUAGGAAGAAGCCGUUUACAAAAUUUGAACUCACUGAAGAGCAGAAAGUAGAUAUUAAAGAAGCAUUUGACCUUUUUGACCCAGAUGGAACUGGAAAGAUUGCUACAAGAGAAUUAAAAGUUGCAAUCAGAGCACUUGGUUUUGAGCCCACAAGAGAAGAAAUAAGAAAGCUUGUUGCCAAUGUAGAUCCUGAUGGUCUUGGAAAAGUUUCUUUUGAAGAAUUUUUGGAUAUAAUGUCAAGUAAAAUGGCAGAAAAGGACUCUAAAGAAGAGGUGUUAAAGGCUUUUCGCUUAUUCGACGAUGAUGGUACAGGAAAGAUUUCUUUCAAGAAUCUAAAGCGAGUUGCAAAGGAGCUUGGAGAGAAUUUGACUGACGAAGAACUCCAGGAGAUGAUUGAGGAGGCAGACAGAGAUGGAGAUGGUGAAAUUUCUCAGGAAGAAUUCCUCAGAAUUAUGAAAAAAACUUGUCUAUACUAAGGAGUAAAUAUAUAUUUUGAAAAAGUUCUUUUGAGUUACCUCUGAUGUACACUUGCACUUUAUACAAUGUAAUGACUGCUUUGUAAACUUUUUAUAAAUAUAAAAUGUGUGAUUUCAAAAAGUAUAAAAAA